UUACUGAGGAGUGCUUUGCUGUCUGAGUGUACUGAGGUUGCCUGCACUGCGAGCACUAACUGGGUUAAUAAGUAGAGCAGCAGUUUACAGAUCUGCCUGUCACCCAUCCCUCCACCACACCAAGUGAACCCUCUCCUAGAGAUAAACUUAAAGGCUGCAACGUGAGCAGCCAGGACUUUCUCUGCUGGGAGGACUUAUAGAGAGGAGAGCAGACCUAACUGCCAAAUCAUCAAAGAAAAUCUAAGAACGUUGAACACAAGCGUAUUCCUUUUCUUUUAAAGGGUCCGUCCAAGUGAUUAUCCCAGGCUUCUGCGAAAGACAAGUUGCAGUUGAUACAUGUUUUUAGCCCGAUCACUAGCAAGGAUGGCUACCAACAGCACAGUAUUAAACAGGUUGGAGCAGAGGGCUUCAGAGGCCGAUCAAGUUAUUGUAUACCUCAAACAGCAAGUUGCUCUCCUCAAAGAAAAAGCAAUUUUGCAGGCAUCUGUACGUGAAGAGAAGAAACUUCGUGUAGAAAAUGCAAAACUGAAGAAGGAAAUUGAUACCCUGAAAGAACAACUUGUAAAAGCAGAAGUAAAAAACGGAGUAAAACAAGUUGGGGUUCCAGCAAGUGCCUCAGCUGACUCCAAUUCUUCUACCUCUACCCCUGCUGUCCAGCCAGCUUCUGUAAAACCCAUCCCUUCAGCUUCCGCAAAACCUGUCACUCCAGCACCAAAAUCAGUAGGAGAAGAGAAAAAGAAGAAGGAAAGGCCAGAAAAAAAAGGUGAAAAGAAAGAAAAGAAAACAGCGCCUGCUGAUGACGAUGCUAGAGAAGUAAAUGUCUCUCGCUUGGAUCUCCGCGUUGGCCGCAUCCUCUCUGCCAAGAAACAUCCAGAUGCUGACUCUCUAUAUGUGGAAGAGGUGGACGUAGGAGAACCUGCACCUCGCACUGUUGUCAGUGGCCUUGUGAAGCAUAUUCCACUUGAUCAGAUGCAAAAUCGGAUGGCAGUGCUGCUCUGUAAUUUGAAACCUGCCAAAAUGAGAGGAGUCCUAUCACAGGCCAUGGUCAUGUGUGCCAGUUCUCCAGACAAAGUGGAAAUUUUGGAUCCUCCUAGUGGAGCUGUUCCUGGAGAGAGGAUCACCUUCCAGAAUUUCCCAGGGGAGCCUGAUAAAGAACUAAACCCUAAGAAGAAAACAUGGGAGCAAAUUCAACCAGACCUCCUUACCGACGAACAGUGUGUGGCAACUUACAAAGGAGCAGCAUUUGAAGUCAGUGGGAAAGGAGUAUGCAAAGCCCAAACCAUGGCCAAAAGCAAUAUUAAAUAAACAAUGUCCUUUUAGAGAAGAAUCACUUGAAGAUAGCUUUCAGAUGCCUUUUCUGUAUCAAAUCUGAGAAUAAGCUAUAAUAAAGACAAACCAUUUUGUUCA